GGGAUGCUCUUGGAUACCCAACAUUGUCCCAAACAACCCAUAUAAGUGCUAUUCUCUUCACUUCUAGUUGGCAUCAACAUUGAAACAGAAGGAGUAGACUUUGAGAGUCAUCUUCGAGUUCAGAGGAUAUUAGUGGGCUAGUGCUUUAUCACUCAAGAACACAAAAAGAAUGCUCUUACUGCCCUCAAAGCGAUUCCCUAAUCCAUUUCUGUUCUCUCCUUCACUACUUUCUCGCAUUCAAAUCUUCCUGAACUUCAACUCUUCCACCCCAAACAGUCAAUUUCCAGAUGAAACCCUGACGCGUAAAGCUAGAACACGUUAUAAUGGUGAUGCUUCGAGGUCGAUGAGGCAGGAUUCUAAGGCUUUUCGUAGUAAAAACAAUAACAAGCCUUCCGUUACUGUUGAUCCGAUAGAUUUUGAUGUCAAAACGGUUGGAGAGACCAUCUCCAGCUACGGCAAUGAUUGGAAACGUUCCUUUGAAUUCUUCAACUGGGUCGAGAACGAUUGCCAGUUCCAACACACUGUUGAUAGCUAUAAUCGAAUGAUUGACGUUCUGGGAAAAUUCUUCGAGUUCGAUCUCGCCUGGAAUUUGAUCGAACGAAUGCGUAAAGAUGGGUCUUCCGUGCCUGAUCACAGGACUUUCCGGAUCAUGUUCAAGCGGUAUGUGUCAGCCCAUAUGGUUGCAGAAGCAAUCUCUGCUUAUGGUCGAGCAGAGGAGUUUGAUUUGAAGGAUGAAACCUCCUUCUCCAAUCUCAUCGAUGCGCUUUGCGAGUACAAGCAUGUGAUUGAAGCGGAAGAACUGUGUUUGGGAAAAGAUUCACCUUACCCCAUCAACACCAAAUUGUACAAUUUGUUUCUUCGAGGUUGGUAUAAGAUGGGUUGGUGGAGUAAGUGCAGAGAAUUCUGGGAAGAGAUGGAACGGAGGGGAGUUACUCGUGAUCUUCAUUCCUAUUCCAUCUACAUGGAUAUUCUCUGCAAGUCUGGAAAACCAUGGAAAGCAGUUAAAUUGUAUAAAGAGAUGAAGAAUAAGGGAAUUCAACUAGAUGUAGUGGCAUAUAACACAGUAGUUCAAGCUGUGGGUCUCUUGGAUGGUGUGGACUCUGCCAUGAGACUUUAUCGUGAGAUGUGGGACUUAGGUUGCAAGCCAAACAUUGUAACUUAUAACACAAUUAUUAAGCUUCUGUGUCAAUCUGGAAGAGUCAGGCAAGCCUAUUCCGUGCUCGAUCAAAUGCCUCAGAAGGGUUGUGUCCCUAAUGUGAUUACGUAUCACUGUUUCUUUGGGUGCCUUAAUAGGCCUAAAGAGAUUAUUAACCUAUUUGAGGCAAUGAUUGAGAGAGGAGUGCGUCCAAGAAUGGAUACGUAUGUGAUGCUUAUGAGGAAAUUUGGAAGAUGGGGCUUUCUUAGGCCAGUUUUUGUUGUUUGGGACAAGAUGAAGGAACUUGGGUGCAGUCCAGAUGAAUUUGCUUACAAUGCUCUGAUUGAUGCCCUGGUGCAGAAAGGAAUGAUCGACUUAGCUCGGAAGUUUGAUGAAGAGAUGUUGGCAAAAGGGCUCUCCCCUAAGCCACGGAAAGAGUUGGGCACAAAGCCUUUGGGUGGAGGAUCUGAUGGUGAGCCUUUAUGAUAGUUUAUAAGCUUAAAGUAUCUAAAAGAGCUAAGAACUGUUUGUAAGUGGGUUCUCAGCAAGGAGUGGAUAGUUGCGGAUAAAGCUAUAAAGUGGAGUAUUUACUGAGGUAUUUUCAAGCUUGUGAUUGUCUAGAGUUCCACUUUUCAGGUAAAUUGCAUGGAAGUUCUGUGAAAGAAGAGUUGACAUGGAUGAGAGAAAUCAAAGAAAUGUGGAUUGGCUGCUUGAUCCUCAUCAUAUCUGGGUGAAGAGAUUGCAGGUUAAUUGAUUUUGAGGUUGUGGAUGCACCUAAUUGUUGGGUUUCGACUCAUAAGUUUACUGAUUACAUGGAAGUUCUGUGAAAGAUUAGUUGUUGACAUGGAUGAGAGAAAUCAAAGAAUUGUAGGGGUGGCUUCUUAUCACAUAUCUAGGCAAAGAGUUUGCAGGUUCAUCGAUUUUGAGGUUAUGGAUACACCCAAUUGUUGGGUUUCGACUCAUAAGCUACUUAUUGCUUUUAAGCUGUCUAGAUCAGACCAUGUAUCAAAAGAGUUGGUUAACUGAAUAUAUGUCCCCAGUCCCUACUACUAGGAAAGAUACAGUAGUGAAGAGAUGUGGGAGCAGAGCUCUUUUGUAGCAAAACUUUUAGAGCAGAGUUCUCAUUUUGCAGAAAACCAGAAACCCCUGAAAGUGAGCACUCUGGCUUUUGGACCAGGAUUUAUGCGAGAAUAAGGUAUAAUUAACCUCAACCUAGAUAAAGAAAUUGUAGUUGACCAUCUCUUACUGAAGCCAUACUAGUUCUUUUUUGUUCUUCAUGCUCUCAAAUUGAUGGACUAUUGGAGUUUAUCAUAUGUUUCAUUCCUCCUG